AUGGUCGUCCAGUUCUGCGACGAUUGUGGUAACCUUCUGGAUGAAUCAUCCGAUGACACUCUUAGAUACAUGGCAAUACACCAUGCGCAGGUAUCCACAUCGGAGAACUUCCCUUCCAGGCUCAGGAACAGACUGAAAUCGAAUACGCAAGAGGUGACUUAUAAAACUAUUGGAAAGGGUCCCUCUAUUGAUAUGGCAUGUGCCAAAUGUCCUUCUAGGGAGGUGACCUAUGCCCAGGUUCAGUUGCGGGGUGCAGACGAGGGAAGUACUAUCUUCUAUACCUGUGCUAGAUGUGGACAUAGAUGGCAGGAGGAUAAUUGA